AUGAACAAAGCAACCAAGUCAAAUAUACAGGGCUGGUGGAGACACACCACAUCCAACACCCAGAGGCCUCCAGGCCCCCUCCUCCUGGAGAAACCAAGUCAGUUGCCCCUCACUUUCCUCCAGGGCAGGCAAGGGGAGUCUCCCAGCGGGGAGGCUCAGGAACCAGGUGCAGGUCUACAGUCACCCAGGCUAGAGCCCCAGUCCCCUGCAUGGCCAUGCCAUGAUGCAGAAGCCACGCAGGAGCCCCUGAGAGAUUCCAGUGGUCACUUGGGAAGCACCGUGAGCCACGACAGCAGCGUCCUGUCAAGCCUGCUACACUCCAGCCUGGAGCGAUGCAUUGACAUCAGCCGGCUGAGCAGCGGGUACGCAGGGGAUGAGGAGAACAGCGAAGUCAGCUUGCCAGGCAGCCAUCAAAUCAUGCGGUUGAGCAGAAGGCUCCACACCCAGGCAGGCGGGGCCCAGACCAACCAGGUGUGCGCCGUCUACUCUCCUAAGCAGCUGAAGAGACGACUGGCCUGCCAAGCCAACAGCACCAGCCAGACUGGAAGGGAAUAG